AUGGUUCGCCUGACUGUUAUCUCUCUUCUUACCUUGGCCGUGACGGCUUAUGCCGCACUUGACCCUUCCGAGUUGAAAAACGUCGGUCAGGGGAACGGCAAGCAGUUCAUCACUGGUAAAUGCCUUAGCAAUGCUGAUUGCUCGACCAACUGCUGCGCCGGGAAAAACGGCGGCGGUGUCUGUUCUGCCGUUGCCGUCGCCAACGCUGACGGCAAGACUGGUUGCGGAUUUGGGGGCGGCAACGGAGUUGGUGGUGGGCAGGGUAAUGGAGGCAACGCUGGUAAUAACGGAGGCAACGCUGGCAACAACGGAGGCAACGCCGGCAAUGGAGGUAACCAGGGCGUCCCUACGGGUGACGGGGCGGGAAACUUCGGUAACGGAGCCGGCAAGCAGUUUAUUACUGGCGUAUGCGCCAGCGAUGCUGAUUGCGCGUCUACGUGCUGCGCCAAGACGACCAAAGCCUGUGCUGCCAUAGGCGCUGUUGGCGCGCAAAACUGCGGAUUCGUCGCCUAG